AUGGAACGUGUUGGGCCAGUGGCAUAUAGGAUUGCGUUGCCGCCAUUCCUAUCCAAUAUUCAUGAUGUACUUCAUGUGUCGCAGUUGCGAAAGUACAUGGCUGAUGAUUUUCAUGUUCUCGAACCUGACGACAUUCAGCUGAAGGAUGAUCUGACGAUGGUUCAUGAAAUAGAACUUGCCCAUGACGAAGGACUAAAGAAGCAAAAGAACACUGCGUUCAAAGACAAUAGUUCCAAAGCCAGUCAAGCAAAGGAACAAUCGGAAGAAGAAGAAUCCUCUGAAGAAUUGUCAGAUGAUGAACAAGCACUCUUCAACAGAAAGUUCAAGAGGAUGUGGAUUAAACAACAAAGAGGAAAAGACAAAAGGAACAUUACGUGCUUUGAAUGCAAAAAGUCGGGCCACAUCAAGCCGGAUUGUCCAAGACUAGCUAAAAAGUCAAUCAAGAAUCCAUACUACAAGAAAAAUAAAGCCUUAGCAACUGGAUGGGAUGACUCCGAGGACGGUUCAGAAGAUGACGAUGAUGAAGAUGCACACUUUGCACUCAUGGCAUCUGCAGACAGUUCAGACGAUGGUGAGGACGAUGAGGUAAAACCGGAAAACCUUAAAGAAGAAUUCAAUGAAUUACUUGAACACUCAUAUGCCUUAUCUGAAAAAUACAAAGCUUUAAAGAAACAGUUUGCUAAGCUUCAACUAGAACAUGAAAAGGUUUUGUCUGAAAAGAACCACAUAGUUAAAGAAAAUACUGCCUUAAAGGAACAAGAUUCUGCUAAAGAAGUAGUUGCCUUAAAGAAAAAAUUUAAAAUAUUAAUUGACGAUUUAUCUACUUUCACCAUUGGUCAUGAUAAUCUAGUUAAACUGUGUGGCAACAGUCGUGAACUGUACGAUAAGAGCGGAUUAGGUUUUGAUAGUGAAUCACCCUCAUCUAGUGAAACCAUGUCCGAUAUAUCUUUUACAUCUUCUGAUUCUGGUCAAACUAAAUUUGUUGUGAACUUCAUAAUUGAGCGAGAUGAAAGGAAAACCUCUUAUGAAAAGAAGGUUCCUCCGAAGUAUGUCACUAACCCUUCAGGACCAAAGAAAAUCAGGGUACCUAAAAAGUUAUUCAUCUCUGUUGCAGACUUACUCAACAGAACAAAGGAAACACCAACAAUGGUACCUGGACAGUGGAUGCUCGCGGCACAUGAUGGGAGAAAAGUCUAUGUUCCAAAAAAUCCGAACUGA